UAGUACCACAGUCUAUGGGUAGUACUCUGUAUCCCAGCAUCCUUUGCAGCAUCGCACCGGCUCACGGACGGUCUGACAGGAGGCCUCCUCUCUCCCUCUGCUGCUUUUAGCCUCAUCGCAAACUUGAGCAGUACAUCGUGGCCUUGUCCAGUUUCACUAUGGAACCAUCGGGGAGUACUACGGCAGCCUCAUCGAGCAACCAUGCCCAGAACUCAACAGGUGGCGGUGGCUGUCCAUGGGAGAUCAGCGAUAAGGUCAAACUGUGCCGGUUCCUCUGCUAUGCCUCGGAAGGAGACGUAUACACGGCCCGGGAGGAGGGUCGUGUCAGCAUGGAGAACGCUGAAACCCUCCUCUCCCUGCUGGAGCAGGGCCGGGGGGCUGAGGUGGUGGAGGAGAUCAAGAGGUUCGCUCAGGACGGCAGAGCUGUCAGACUCGACGCCUCCUUCUUUGCCUUGGCCCUGUGCUCCCAGUAUUCCGAGCUGAAGACGAGGCAGGCAGCGUUUAAAGCUGUGAAGGAAGUGUGUCGGAACCCUGCCCACCUGUUUUCUUUCAUUCAGUAUAAGAAGGAACUGAAAGAGGGCAUGAAGUGUGGGAUUUGGGGACGCGCCCUGAGGAAGGCGGUGUCCGACUGGUAUAACGAGCAGGACGCCAUGAGUCUGGCUGCGGCUGUAACCAAAUGUAAACAGAGAGAGGGAUGGACGCACCAGGAUCUGCUUCGGCUCUCUCACACCAAACCAGCUAAUGAAGCAAUUACUUUGAUCAGCAAAUAUGUAACGAAAGGAUGGAAAGAGGUCCAGGCUGCGUACGCACACAGAGAGAACCCAGAGGAGGUCGUCAAAGUGCUUUCAUAUCUUGAAGUGGUGGAGAAGGUCAAGCACAGUUGUGAUGAAACAGAGGUCAUCAAUUUGAUAGAGGAGCACAAACUGGAGAGGGAGCAGCUCCUGACAGACCACCUGAAGUCCAAACAGAUAUGGAGGGCUCUGUUGAAGGAAAUGCCUCUCCAGUCGUUGCUAAGGAUCUUGGGUAAGAUGACAUCAAACAAAAUUCUUGAAACAGGAGGUUCAGAAACACAAGCUGUGUGUGACAGAAUCCAGGAUGAAGCGUCACUAAAAAAAGCAAAGAUCCACCCUUUCAGUAUACUCCUGGCUUCAGAGAACUACAAAAGAGGCCAAGGCUACCAGGGUAAAACUAAGUGGACACCAGACGGCAGCAUCCUCAAAGCUAUGGACGCUGCCUUUUACACUAGUUUUGUGAAUGUGGAGCCUGUGGGGAAACGCUUCGUAGUGGCUGUAGAUGUGAGCACGUCACUGAGCAGCAUUGUCCCCGGAACGUCGAUCAGCACUGCUGUCGCUGCUGCUGCAAUAACCAUGAUUUUUGCAAGGACAGAGGUGGACACACAAGUGCUGGCCUACUCUGAAGGAGCUGUGGUUCCAUGCACUGUGUCUGCUGACAUGACUCUGGCACAAGCAACAGUUGAACUGGUGAAGAUCCCAGGUGGAAGCACAGACUGCACUCUUCCUGUCACGUGGGCCACAGAGAACGGAAAAUCAGUCGAUGUAUUUGUUAUUCUGACCAACAACCCAUUGUGGACGUUUGCCGCCAGCCCAGUGGAGUCUCUACAAAAGCACAGAGAAAAAUCAGGAACUCAGUCCAAGUUGGUGAUGUGCGGGCUGACUUCUAUUGGACACACCCUCUCAAACACAGAUGACGGGGGUUUCCUAAGCGUCUGUGGCUUUGACCUUGGAGCUUUGAGCGUCAUUCGCAACCUUGCCCAGGAUCUAAUCUGAUAAAUAUUGAGACUUUGUUUUGGAGUUUAAAGAGAAGGCACAGAGUGGACCAGUGUGGCUUACUCAGCACGUACAGUGCCCUAAAGCAGCACUAAUCCAAAAGGUGCUGAUAUUUACAAUUCCAAUUCUUCUUUUCCAUUAUGUUGUUUACAAAUUAACUGACAAAGGGUCCAGCGGGCUGGAAAACACUCUGGAAAUGUUAUGUGAAUUUAUUUUUUCCGAAAUUAAAAACAGAAUAGGACGGGAAUAGGACAUGAUGUGUCACUGCACAAUCAUGCUGAGGUAAGGUGCGAACAGUACUCUGUGUGACAGGCUGUGCCUGUGUUGGUUCUUAGUAUGACACUAACCCAUUCAAUAAAAAACUUCACCAAUUUAUACCGAGAUUUUGUAUAUUAAACAAGGGAAGGGCUAAGAGUAAGGAUGGUAGCGAAAGUGGUGAAAGCAUAGGUUUAUUUGAAGGUGUUUUAUUGUGGUUUCCUGGUGGCGAUGGUAUGAUUCUUACAGAAUUUAUGUGAUCGUAGAGGAGUGCUAAUUUUGAUGAACAGAUUUUUAUUAAAACAAAAACCUGUAGAAUCCCGUUUCUGCAAACCCAUGCAUUUACUUCGGUGAGAUUGUAUGUAAUUUUAUCAAUAUUUGGUUUCAAAACUUAGUUUUAUGUUCUGCUCUUGUUGAAUUUGUUUUAUAAAAAUAAUUCCCUUGGUGCUCUUGAACGUAAUGAUACAUUUUUGGGGGAUUAUUGUGCUUGUUGUUUUCCCUUGUGAAUCAAUGAUGCCAAUGUUUGGGACUGUAAAUCGAAAUACUGUAAGUUGGAGGAAUGGACUUGUUCUCAUAUUGUAUUCGUAGUGCUAUGCACAACAAUUGGAAUUUUCCUGUAUCAUUAUGUCCAUGCAGGUCAAUUUAUAGCUAUUUAACAAUUGUUUACUCAGACUGAAUCUACUAUCACAGUAUUGAUAUUGAUUGAUGUAUGAAUUUUCAUUAUGCAAAAAAAAUUAUGAAUUGAAUGUAAAAGUAGAGAUUUUAAGAACCACACUUUAUAUUUCUCCACACACAAAAUGUACACACUUCUUACCGGGCUGUAGCGUUAGGAGCCAAGUCAUUUUGGUGAAAUCCAACCAAAUGACUGCGGAAAUGCUUGUUGUUAUAGUCAGCAGUAAUGCUGUAGAUACUGACAGCAUUCACAUAACAUGUCCCUUAUUUACUCUUGUGUCAGUCGCACUUUAUGAAGAACAAACUCCUGAACAUGUUACUGUUAAGGGUUUUCCUCCACACAUGCUGAUAACUGUCAUUUUCAAUGUAAAGACCUAUCUGUAUUUUUGACCAAAGGUCAAAAUCCUAUUAAGCUGAAAUAUGUGUGUGUUUUAUCAUUAUUAAAACAACAUUUGUAGCUGAAUGUCUGGCACAAGAUAAUAAACACUU